AUGGUGGAUCACAACUGGCAGUCCAAGCAGCAGUCCAAAAGCAUCGUCAUUGUGCCAGCCACGCUGGUGGACCAGACGGCCAAGACUCUCUUGUACUGGCCCUGGGAGAAACCUUCACCUGUCUUGGAAGGAAAGGACUCCGCCGCCAAACAGCAGCUUCUUCGAGAACGUGGUGUUGCUGUGGUGCGAGGCCAACACUGUCUCAGAGCCUUCCUGGCAGCGCGCCCCGGGGCCCGGGCGCGGGUGGUGGUCUUCAACGCUGGCUACAAGAAGGAGUACGAAGACGGCAGGUUCGACCAGGAGAUGGCUGCCCUCCUGUCGGGCCGGGAUCUCAUCGUGGUGGAGGAGGCAUACAGCCCAAGCCAUCGUACUUGCUACCCCCACCGCCAUGCGCCGCGAGGGAGCAGAGUCCUCUUCGUGACUGCCACGCCCGAGAGGCUGUUUCGUUUCGAGGGCUUUCUGACGCAUACCUUCCUGGUGAAGAAGACGCCUCGCUUGCUGCAUGGCCUGGGGAUGGCGUCACCCAAGCUCGAGCUGUUGCACCUCCAAGAGGGCGAGCCAAGCUUCUUCACAACGGGCUACCUGGGAAACCAGUGGGUGUCUUACCGCGAGAUGCACCUCCUGGAGGAGCAGUCUCUGCUAGCCUUCCUGGAGCAGGAGCGCCGUCACCUGUGCCUCUAUGAGUGGCUCCAUCACCUACUCGUGCUACCACCGGAAGUGCGGACGUCACUUGGGCAGAGGUUCAGCGAGGAUCCCGAGAUUGCCGGGCUGGUCCUUGGGCUGGCAGGGCGGCAGUACAUCUGGAACUCGGGGUCGGACAAUUUCAUCCUUGACAGCUUCAAAGCCAUUUCCCGGGCCUCGCCUGGCAGGCUCACCCGCUUUCUCUACGCCGUGGCCGCGGCGCGCGGACAGCGCUCGGGGACGCCCACCUGCGAGUGCUGCGCGCUGACAGAAUGGCACCUAAGCAACCUGGCGGCGUACUUUCGGCAAGGCAUCUUCCAGGAGUCGGUGGAGCUGUUGGCGCAGCUGCUGCGGGAGGCGACGACGCCCAAGGAGGCGGAGGGCCCGACCUCCUUUGGGCACUUCGGUGCGACCAUCGUCCGCUGCUCGUGCCAGGCGACCAUCCAGAACCUGGUGAGCGAGCUUGGGGGAAGUGCCUCCCCCUUCGAAAUCCACAAGUUGACGACCAGCCUCACGUCGCCCCAGCGCACCCGGGUGAUCCAGGCCUACAUGAGCUUCGGGGGUGACCGCGCAGCCAUGUGCGUGCUCCGGCGUGGCAGGGAGCAGCUUUAUGAUCAGGGCAACCCCUUGGGUCGGCCGCACAUCCUGGCCCUCGUGUCCCGAUUCGUGACGCGCCACCACGUCCUGCUGGCAGAUGGUUCCAUCGAUGUGGGCAUCGAGGCCCUCCAUCGCUGCACAGACAGCGUGGUGUUGCAACAGCUGCCCGCAUCCUAUGCCCAGCUCCUACAGCUCGGCGGCCGCGUCUCCCGGCUGGCGCUGGACCUUGGGCGGCCCCAGCCACCCAUCGCCGUGCGGUGCCCGAUGCGCAUGGGCACCGUCGAAGAGCUCCUGGCUCGGCACAUGCGGUGCGAGUCGGAGCGAGAGCGGAAGCUCACAGCAAGGGGCCAAAGUUGCCCCGAAGGCGCCACCUCGCCCAGGCGCCGCCUGUAUGGCAAGCGCAAGGUGGCGCAUCUCGCGUAA